CCCUCGCCCCACCAGCUCACUGAGAUCCGUCCCGGCUUCUCAAAAACCAGGAGUGAAGGUCUUCUCGCCAUAUCUGUGCCUGUUGGCGUUUCAGAAAAGAAAAACGAUGAAAGACGAUACUUCAGAUUCCUCUAGUGAUUUACCAUGACAACUGAAUCGGGCGCAGACUCUGAGGCCAAACAGCCGCAGGCGAAGAAGGAGGCAGAGAAGGGGAAAAGUAAAGCAGCGGCGGACCCUGCCUCGCCCCAGAACCAGCCGGAGCAGCUCCCAGCUGCAGUUGGACACAGCACCCCGGCCAGGAAAGAACAGGAGCAGCAGGAGGAGGACCAGGAAUCCCACAGGUCGUCCACAAGUCGUCUGUCCAGGUCUCCCCUGAGGGGCGUGAAGAAGGUGAAGAUGAUGCAGUGCAAGAUCGCUCUGCUGGACGGCUCCGACUACUCCGUCAACGUGGAG